AUGGCGUCCGCGCGCCCCUCCAGCGGCUUCUUCGCCGAGAUCCGGUUCCGCGAGAUGCGCCUCGGCCUCGGCACUUUCGACACCGCCCAUGAGGCCGCCCGCGCGUACGACACGGUGGCGUGGCACCUGUGGCGGCCUCGUAGGGAGAUGAACUUCCCCAACGUGCCGACGCGGGAGCAGGCGCAGGAGCUUGCGCCUCCGCCGCGGCUUAUUACCGAUGAGGAUCGUCGCGACAACCGAAGAAGGGAGAUGCCGAGACGGACGAGGAAGCCAAGGCGUGGUGGCGCCAAUGCUUCCUGCAGUACAUCAUCAAUGAGCACGUCGGAGGAGGACAUCUCCGAGGCGGAGUCGGACGACGAGGAGUAG